UUCAUCGCUACUCGAUUUGUAAACAACAAAGUUCGUAAACUUUUAUCGGAUUCACAACUCUUGGUAUUGUCUAAAUUUUAUUAUAAUUUUGUGCAUAUGUGAACCUAGGACACUUAAAUCUGAGAAAAUUACAAUAACGCAGCAAGAGGAUUUGCGUCGUUUUGUUAAUUGAAGAUUUAAACAUCAAAUAAGACAGCGGUCAAUGGAAACCACGGGAACGCAACAAUCCUAAUGACCAGCUACGAAUCUUUGUCGUUAUCGAAUGGCUCCGGUGGAAGCAGUGGGAGCGGCUCCGGUGGAUUGUGUCACUGGUUCAAACACAUGAAGCUCUAUCGGAUAGGAAUAAUCAUUGCCGCAUGUCUGCUACUGGUGCCGUUCGUGUUCUACUAUUUGCUGUUGAAUGAUGAAUCGAAUAUUCCAAACAACGACAUCCAUCGUACCCGCUCGCAGCUUGAGGUUUUUGAAGAUAUAAGCCCGUUGAAGGCGGCAGAUUUGAAGCUCCGGAUCGACGAGAUGUUGCGAAUCAAGGGUACGGUUUCUUUAGAGCUGCGAGAUCUGGAAGCGAGGCGACAAAAGUUGCAGUCUGACAUCGGGUUGUACAAUCAAAAAAUUGAUGAACUGAAACAAGAGCUAGCCCGUCAACAGACGGAACUCGAAAGACUGAAAAUUUCGGUGGAGCAAGCGCAGGUGUCGCAACGUGAAGCUAUUCUUAGGAACACUCCCGAAUUAGCUUUGCCAAAACCGUUAUUGUCAUCCUCACUUCCGUUUAUCAAUAAACCCAUUUCAUUGAGAAUGCAGUCGAGCUGUAAAAUGAGGACUUGUUUCGAUCAUUCGCGGUGUAGUUUAACGUCGGGUUUCCCGGUUUACUUGUAUGAUCCGGACGUUAGUUCUGUAGUAAGUAAUAGGUACGACAUCGAUGGAUUUUUAAAAACAACAAUUAAACAAACUCUGGGAUAUAACUCUCACUUGACUAAUGACCCAAAGAAGGCUUGCGUUUUCUUGGUUUUAGUCGGAGAAGCACUUCCAGAGCAGGAAACAAUGCGCAAUAAUCGGUACGGAAUCAGUAACCAGGAGCUUGUAAAAAAAGAGGAUAAAUCUGGAUUGAAUGUCACUAAGUUGAGACAGUUAGCAUAUUGGGGAGGAGAUGGUAGAAAUCACGUAUUGCUAAACUUUGCACGUCGAGAUUUGACUGCUGAAAUGGGAAACGUUUUUCUGAACGUUGAUACUGGAAGAGCUAUGUUGGUUCAGUCGAGUUUCGAGGAGGUACAAUUCAGGAAAGGAUUCGAUUUGAUUGUCCCACCGAUUCUAGGACCGCCUGGAGGAGAUGUGUGGCAAGAAUGCAGUCCAAUGCUUCCUGCUCGAAGAAAAUACCUUCUAAGUUUUCAAGGCGAAUUACACUACCAAAACCAAUCCAAUCUCAACCAAGUGGACGACGAGGCAGAAACUGUUGACGAUUUCAUUAUCGAGCAUCUGAAGGAAAUGUCAACAGGUCCCACCCAAGAUCGGUUCUUACUGCAGUUUGAAUGCAUUCCGGCAACAGAACAACGAAAUCCGUCAACGAUCCGCGAAUGGGCCUUAUGCGGAACUGACAACUCGAGGAAAUCUGUAUUGAAAGAUUCUACUUUUGCACUUCUUCUUGCACCAGGUGGAUUUAGCGUCAGCUCAACACUUUUUCAGGCACGACUCUACGAGGCAUUACGAGCUGGAUCCAUACCUGUGAUAUUGGGUGGAGAUCAGUCGGAAUUACCUUACUCGGAAACCGUGGAAUGGAGGAGGGCUGCCAUUUCGUUACCGAAAGCUAGAAUAACCGAGUUACAUUUCCUACUUCGGGCUGUAUCGGAUGCAGAUCUGCUAACUAUGCGUCGACAGGGACGUCUCAUAUGGGAGCGGUAUCUGAGCUCGGUUCAAGCGACCGUCGAUACUAUUAUAGCUAGCCUAAGAGAUCGUUUGGGAAUUCCACCGAAACCAAUCCAACCUGUUUUGGCCCAUAGCGUUUUCAAUGCAACGUUCGUACCGCUUAAAUCCGAUCCGGUACUUGACACUGAACCUGAAGAAUCCCUAGGUCCCAUUGAGCCUCCUUAUCCUAGUCCGGCUUUUAGGAGAAACUACACUACACAACUUAUUCAAUCUCGUGAAGCAUGGAACGAUUGGCUUGAUCCUUUCGCACUGUAUCCACAGCUACCUUUUGAUCCGGUCCUUCCAUCAGACGCCAAAUUCAUCGGAUCACAUAUGGGUUUCAGACCCAUUGGCAAAGGAACCGGUGGCGCUGGGAAAGAAUUUGGCGAAGCACUUGGAGGAAACAAUCCUCGUGAACAGUUCACCAUAGUUAUUCUCACUUACGAACGAGAGCAAGUCCUAAUGGACUCUCUAAGCCGACUGUACGGACUUCCCUACCUGCACAAGGUAAUCGUAGUUUGGAAUUCCCCGAAACCCCCGCUAGAAGAUCUCCGUUGGCCUGAUAUUGGUGUACCAGUGCACGUAGUUCGAGCUCCAAGAAACUCGCUUAACAAUCGCUUUUUACCAUUUGACGCCAUCGAAACAGAAGCGGUACUAUCGGUAGAUGACGACGCUCAUUUGCGACAUGACGAAAUACUAUUUGGAUUCCGUGUCUGGCGCGAGCACCGAGACCGGGUCGUAGGUUUCCCUGGUCGGUUUCAUGCCUGGGACACCAAUACCUUGGAGGGUUGGAACUACAAUUCCAACUACAGCUGCGAGCUUAGCAUGGUGCUGACGGGGGCAGCUUUUAUCCACAAGUAUUACACCUAUCUGUACACGUACACUUUGCCGCAGGCGAUCCGUGACAAAGUGGACGAAUACAUGAAUUGCGAAGAUAUUGCCAUGAAUUUUCUGGUAUCGCAUGUAACCAGAAAACCUCCGGUUAAGGUCACCUCCAGGUGGACGUUCCGCUGUCCUGGUUGCCCGGUGUCCUUAAGCGAGGAUGACACACAUUUCCAAGAGCGCCACAAAUGCAUCAACUUUUUUACGAAGGUGUUCGGUUACACACCGCUGCUGAAUACUCAAUAUCGAGCUGAUUCCAUCCUUUUCAAGACUAGAAUACCCCACGACAAGCAGAAAUGCUUCAAAUUCAUAUAAACUUUCGGCUGUUUGUUGGUCUUCGAGAUCAGUUUGGUAGCUGCAUCAUCACAGAAACGAGUUGUUUAUUUGCAUGACUGGAUAUGUGAUGAAAUCGCCGAUAAAGAUUUAUCCAUCCCAAGUAAGUAUUCCAAUGAUGGGAAUAUAGAGGGCAUACAUUUUAGGAUAAUUAUUCUUAACCAGCACCACAACUUUGUCGGUAAAUCUCAGUUACAGCACUCACUUCAAGGUCAGUUCAAAGGUUUUAUUUAGCACACAUAUAACUUUACGUGUAAGUACCAAAAAAUGGAUAAAACCAAGGAUGCAAAUGUGUUCAAAACGAACUACCUACUUAAUAUGUGAAUAAUUAUUUCAUGUUCACAAGAGUAUAUUGCAAUAUUAUACUAUUGAAUCUAGUUUACUGUUGAUAUAAUCAGACAACAUUUCAUUUAAUGGACUUAAGUUUUAAAAUUAUUAUUUUCUUGAGAAUGAAACAUUCAUUUGUUUUAUUUUUAUGUGUUUAUUCGAAUGUGCCACAUAAGUUUAAGUUUUAUCCAGGCUCUCAGUGUUAUAAGCUUAAUAGGCAGCGAAAUCAUAAACUGAACACUAUCCGUAAGUAAGUUGUGUUGUUAUAUAUUUAGUCUACUAGGUACUGGUAGGAAUUAUACCGGCAGUUUUGCUUUCCACUAAAUGUCUACACAAUAGUCAAAUAAAAAUGUGAUUAAAUGACA